AUGUCGAAUAAGGCUUCAUCAACCAGGUCUCGUUUGAGCGUUGCUUUGGAAGAUGCCAGUCAACUUCUUGGCACUGGCGCAAUUGGCGGCGCUCCUGAGGGUCAUGAGGCUUCAACUACCAAUGAUGCUGUGAACGCCGAGUUCAGCAAUCUGGCCAUCGUGAACAACGCGCAACGCGAAGCGAACGGUUCAGCAAAAUCGGCAACGAAUGCAAAACGCAACACAGCUACAGUAGGAGAAGUAUACCUCUCUUCCCGCCAGGUAAACGUUGAUAUUAGCAAUUCUAAAAAAGUUCCGUCAUUGGGUACCAUACCCAACGAAACCGCUAGAGCACGGUCGUCUGCCAUAGCGAACAAUCCGGUUCCGUUAUCUAAUCCCGUUUACAACAAACCUCACGCGAUCGAACAUCAAAACGUGCGCGUACGAGUCACUCGGUUUAGUCAUUGUGAACUUUGUAACGGAAGAGAUACCAGCAGCAUGGUGCAAUGUGAUGGAUGCGAUCUGUGGUAUCAUUUUUCUUGUGUAGAAGUAACGAGUGGUAUAGCAAAUCGUAGUUGGAUCUGUCCAGCGUGUAGUGUACCGGAUACACGCCCCGACAUCGAGGAACAGCAACAUUUUCCGUCAGCGACCCAUCCAGUAGAUCCACCCCCUCCUCUCGAAGGCUCACGAAGGUUCAUCGGAACGACGAACAGUAAUCGUAGUAACCAACGAAGGAUUACCCGGCGACUGCAGAUGUUAGAGGAGCAGAAACAACUGGAACAAAAGUAUCUGGAGGAAAAAUACCGUAUUUUGGAUGAAGAGGAUGGCGACAACGAUACUGUGGUUAGUGAUAACGAAGUAGGUUCAAUGGAGAUGUCCAAAGUUCGGGGAUGGCUCAUAGAUACUGGAAGAUGUGGCGAAGACGGCGAUUCCGGUUUAGUCGAAGAAGUCAACGAACAAGAAUAUAACCCCAUCGAUCAGCGAGCUGCUUAUAUGGAGCGAACAGGGCCACGGUUAACACCGAGGUUAACACACGAAUUCUAUCCCCAUCAGCGGUCUACGCCACGCGAGCUGGGCAAAACUAGAAACGAUCCACUGCAGAAACCAUCAUCAUUAGCGCCGAUUUUGGAUGGCGCACUUCGACGAACAUCGUUCAAUGUUGUACCUGAUAACCAGUUUCGGCGCCCACCUGGUGCAGCGAUUCAGUUCUGUGAACAGACCGGACAGAGGGAAUCUUCGACGUCAAUUCAGGAUUGUUUGGCAUGUAAUGGAAGCUGUACGUCGAUCGCCAAAUGUAAACGGUUCGAAGAGCUAAGCUUGGAUGCGAAGUGGGCCGUUGUUAGAGAAUCCAAACUGUGCCGUAAAUGUUUGCGCAAGCACAAUGGAAUAUGCCGACAGCAAAAACCUUGCGGAGUGAAUAACUGCUCUUUUCUACACCACCCGUUGCUACACAAUACGUUGAAGGAUGCGGAGAAGGACCGGACGGACAAAACUCCAACAAACUCUACUGGAAGCUGCAACGUUCACCAAUCUCAAACGAGCGAAAUUCUUUUUAGAAUUGUUCCCGUACUAAUCCACGGUCCAUCAAAGGUAGUCAUGACAUACGCUUUCAUAGAUGACGGCUCAGAACUAACGCUAAUGGAGGAAAGCUUAGCAGAGGAGCUCGGAGUUAAGGGUCCCCGUACUUCGUUAUGUUUGAAGUGGACAAGUGGAACGACGAGAGUUGAAGCUGAGUCCCAAAUUGUCGACGUUGGCAUAUCUGCUACUGGAAAAUCGACAAAGCCGAUUAGAAUCACCAACGUUCACACCAUUGAAAGUCUGCAGCUUCGACCUCAAACCUUAGUAUUUGCUGAAUUGCUGCAACGCUUUCAACAUCUUGAAGGCUUAUCCAUCGAGUCAUAUGAGAAUGUCUGCCCUCGUAUCCUCAUUGGCCUUGAUAACGCCUCGCUAGGAAAUGCUAUGAAAAGCCGAGAAGGGAAGCCCUACGAGCCGAUUGCGGUAAAAACUCGAUUGGGGUGGAUCGUAUAUGAGAGCUGCUCACGAACACCUCAAAACGUGAACUACGUAAACGUACAUGCAAUCGAAGUAUGCGAGUGUAACAGCACAACCGACGAUAAUCUUCACUCCGCCAUCAAAAACUAUUUCGCUUUGGAUAGCCUUGGAAUCGUCAAACCCGAGAAAGUUUUGCGAUCUGCGGAUGAAGAACGAGCGAUGAAAAUUCUUGAAACGCAGACAACACAAAUAGGAGGACGGUAUGAAACAGGGCUUCUUUGGAAGUUCGAUAAUGUUCGUUUACCGAACAGCUCUGGAAUGGCUCAUCGAAGAUGGGAGUGUUUAGAACGACGUAUGAAGCGGGAUCAGUUGUUUGCUGAUGUUGUGAGGUCAAAAAUGGCAGACUACGCAGAAAAAGGGUAUGUUCGAAGGCUGACUAAAGAGGAACUGAAAACACCAAAUGUUCGCAAAUGGUUUCUACCCGUGUUUCCUGUUGUGAACCCCAACAAACCGGGAAAGGUUAGACUAGUGUGGGAUGCGGCGGCCACGGCUUACGGGGUGUCUCUCAACUCGUUAUUACUCAAGGGCCCAGAUCUUUUGACGUCGCUGCUCACCGUUCUUGUAAAAUUCCGACAGUUCCGAAUCGCUGUUUGCGGAGAUAUACGAGAAAUGUAUCUGCAAAUUUCACUAAAACAAGAUGUUCGUCUGUGCUUUUUCUGGAAGGAUUCUGAAGAAGACAAAGAUGGUAGCGUCUACGCUAUGUCGGUAUUGCCAUUUGGAGUAUCCUGCGCCCCUUGCAUUGCGCAAUAUGUGAAAAACAUAAACGCCAAGCGAUUUGAAAAAGAGCAUUCUGCGGCUGUGAGCGCUAUUGUCGAUGAACAUUAUGUCGAUGACAUGCUCACUAGCGUCGAGCGUAAAGAAGACGCGGUGGAUCUAGCAAUAAAUGUUAAAAUGAUCCAUGCGGAAGCAGGAUUUGAAAUGAGAAACUGGAUUUCAAAUUGCCCGGAAGUAUUGGAAGCUCUUGAAGAGCAACAAACGGAAGAAAAGGACCUCAACAUGACCGACGGCGUGGUAACCGAGAAAGUACUUGGUAUGUGGUGGAACACGGCCAACGAUUGCUUUACUUUCAAGAUUUCUCCACGAUACAACCCUGAUCUAAUGUCGGGACAGCAAAGACCAACUAAACGAGAAGUACUCAGAACCCUAAUGAUGAUCUUCGAUCCUCUUGGUCUUAUUGGUCAUUUCCUGAUGUACUUGAAAGUAGUUCUGCAGGAGAUCUGGCGCACAUCUGUAGGCUGGGAUGAUGAAAUUGAAGAGAAGCAGUUUGAAAUGUGGUUGGAGUGGCUAAACGUUCUUCCAGCUGUGGCAAAAGUUCAGAUUCCACGAUGCUAUAGGACUGCUACGUCUAUCGAAAGUUCCACCGACGUGCAGUUGCAUAUCUUCGUCGACGCUAGCGAAAAGGGAUUCGCAGCUGUGGUAUAUCUUCGUUUUCAAGAGGAACAAACAAUUGAAACAGCUUUAGUUGGAUCGAAGACCCGCGUCGCUCCGAUUAAGUUUUUGUCUAUUCCGCGUUCAGAGCUCCAAGCAUGCGUCAUCGGAGUAAGAUUUGCCACUAGCAUAAUAAAAUCGCUGUCUAUCAGUGUCACCAAGCGUUUCUUUUGGACGGAUUCAAGCGAUGUAAUUAGCUGGCUGAAAUCGGAUCAUCGUCGAUACAGCCAAUUCGUUGCGUUCCGAGUGAGCGAAAUACUGGAAGCCUCGGACGUGGGCGAAUGGCAAUGGAUCCAGACAAAACAAAACGUCGCGGACGACGGAACCAAGUGGAAGCGUGUUCCCGACAUGAGCACAACCAGUCGCUGGUUCAAUGGACCAGAAUUUUUGAAGAAACCAGAAUCGGAAUGGCCAGUAAAACCACAUUCCGGAGCAACAGUAGAGGAAUUGCGUCCACACUUGCUAGUACACCUGAGGAUGUUGAAGCCGAUUAUUGACCCCCAACGAUUCUCCAAAUGGACACACCUACUACGCCGCGUCGCUUAUGUGUUUCGUUUCAUUAAUAAUGCGAAAGCACACAAACAUGAAAGGUCCACAGGACCAUUGACAAGCCUAGAGUUGGGUUUAGCUGAAAAAUAUCUGUACCGGUUAGCUCAACGCAGUACCUUUUCCGACGAGGUUGCUAUUCUUCUGGAAAAACGAACACUGGAAACUUCCUCAUUGGUGAUCCCAAAGAGCAGCUCAAUCUAUCGUCUCUGCCCUUUUCUAGAUGAAGACGACGUACUCCGUGUUCGCGGAAGGACUAGGGCAUGCCAAUUUGCCAACCAAGACGCUGUCAACCCUAUUAUUCUGCCAAGGGAUCAUCACAUCACCCGACUCCUAGUAUUUUAUUACCAUAGCAAACAUCAUCACCAAAACCACAAUACAACCAUCAACGAAUUGCGGCAGCGAUAUAGCAUUCCUCACUUGAAAGCUACGUAUAAUAGUAUUCGGCGAUCCUGUCAACAAUGCAAAAAUGAUAAAGCACUUCCUCAAUCGCCGAGUAUGGGAGACUUGCCUCUUCCACGUCUGGCAGCCUAUUCUCGUCCAUUUACGUACAUGGGGGUGGACUACUUUGGUCCUUACGUGAUCGCCUUGGGACGGCGACUUGAAAAACGAUGGGUGUUGCUUGCCACAUGUCUUACCACUCGCGCCAUUCACCUACAAAUAGUUCACACAUUGACUACCGAUUCAUGUAUAAUGGCUCUAAGAAAUGUCAUGUCCAGGAGAGGAGUUCCAGCAGUUAUAUACAGCGAUCGGGGAACAAACUUUCAAGGAGCCAGCAAAGAAUUGAAUAACGCAGUGAAGAGUUUGGAUCAGGAACGACUUGCAACAGAGUUCACAACCUCGCACACCAGCUGGGCUUUCAUACCUCCGGCAUCUCCGCACAUGGGAGGCGCAUGGGAGCGCCUCGUGCGAACCGUGAAGCAAAAUCUUGCCAAACUGAAGCCUAACAGAGCCGUCUCUCAUGAAGUUCUCGAAAACAUGCUAACGGAAAUAGAGAACGUUGUUAAUUCUCGUCCGAUGACUGACCUGCCUUUAGAUGACGACUACUCCCCAGUAUUAACUCCCAACCAUUUUUUGUUGGGAUCUAGCAAUGGAUUGAGAACGUGGGUCCCCUUUGACGACAGCUCAAGGGUACUGAAGAACAGCUGGAAACUUUCGCAGACCUUAGCUAACCAGUUUUGGAAGCAAUGGCUUAGAGAUUAUCUACCAUGUAUCACGCGCCGAACGAAAUGGUUCUCAGAUGUCAAGCCGAUUGAGAUCAACGACUUGGUUAUCAUCGUGGACCCAAAGUUUCCACGGAAUACCUGGCCCAAGGGUCGUGUAAUCGGGAUCAGGCAAGGUGCAGAUCAUCAAGUAAGGAGUGCUACCGUCCAAACUGCCAGUGGAAUCUAUGAGCGACCUGCGGUGAAACUCGCCGUGCUUGACGUAGGCGUUCGAAGUAAUGCAGUUUAG